GGUAUACUAUACCAUUGGCUGCAUUCAGACAACCUUUAACAGAUUUAGAAAAGAUGUAAUUUGUGUACAAUGGAUGUGCUCUUGGUGAAUAUUUCAGCAUUGUGUAUGCAAAUUUGUAGUAGUGUUUCCAUCCUAUGGAAGGGAUCUGAUGCUGUGAUGCACUGUGAGAGAGAGAGAGAGAGAGAGAGAGAGAGAGAGAGGCAGUGAUAAGGUUGCAUUAGGAAGCUGCUUGUUACAGGUAGGUAGAGAUUGGAAUAGGUUGCUUCUAUUUUUGCUUCUCUUACCUUUCUUAGCUUAAUUUGCUUCUAUUUUGUGAUUUUAAGUUGCUUGUGUUUAGUUUCUCCGCGUACCUCUCUCUCUAGUUGGCCACCAAAAUGUAGACUCUCAACCUCACGCCACCCUCUCAUGAUCCCCUCUCUCCCCACCAUGCACCACCUAGCCCAUCACCUCACCAGACGAGUCCCCCAUAUCUCUAGAAUCCCCAUUAACCUCCCCUCCAUCAAUGCCACCCUCCAAGCCCUAGCCCUAAGCCCCAAUCCCCUCCAAGCCGUCUUUCUCUUCAAAACCAAACUCUCCACACCAGACGCCGUCUCCUGUUCACUUGCCCUCAAGGCCUGUGCACGCGCCCUAGCUGGGCGGGAGGGCCACCAGCUCCAUGCCCAAGUAGUUCUUCUCGGCCACCUGGCUGACCCCCUCCUCCUCACUACCCUAAUGGACUUCUAUGCAAAAACCAAUGAUUUGGCGUAUGCGUGCAAAGUGUUCUAUGAAAUGCCUCGAACAGAUACUGUUGCUUAUAACGUGCUCAUUUCGGGCCAUGUGCUUGGUGGCGAGGCCAUGCGUGCGCUGAGCCUGUUUAGGACCAUGCGUUGUGCAGGGCUAAGCCCUGAUGAGGGCACCGUCAUUGGGGUGGUGUCUGCUUGUGCGCAGCUUGGGUCCAAUCGCCUUGGCUGUAUGGCCCAUGCUUUUGUAUUGGUGGCUAAGAUGCAUGACCAUGUGGUGGUGUGUAAUGCUCUCAUGGACAUGUAUGCGAAGUGUGGGUGUGUUGAGUUGAUGCGCCAAGUGUUUCACGGAAUGACUCAUAGGUGUUUGGUGUCUUGGAAUACUGUGAUUAUGGGAAUGGCCAUGCAUGGCCAUGGAAGAGAGGUGCUGGGCUUGUUUGACUCUAUGUUGUGUGAGGGAGUAAGGCCUGAUUCAGUGACAAUGGUGGCUGUCCUUUGUGGGUGUAAUCACUCAAGGUUGAUAGAUGAGGGGCUUCGGCUUUUCGACACAAUGGAAAGAGAACAUGGGGUGAGGCCUAAUGUGAAGCACUAUGGGUGCGUUGUUGACCUCCUAGGUCGAGCAGGAAGGCUCGAUGAGGCCUAUAACCUUGUUUUGUCGAUGCCCAUUGAGCCGGAUGCUAUGAUAUGGGAGACUUUAUUGGCAGCCUGUAAUGUUCAUGGCCACGUGGGGUUGGCUGAGAGGGCCAUGGUUAAGCUUGGUGAGAUUGGUUCCACCCACAGUGGGGACUUUGUGCUUAUGUCCAAUGUUUAUGCUAUGCAUUCUCAAUGGGCUGAUGUUGUUCGUGUGAGGGAGGUUAUGAAAACCUGCAACUCUAGAAAGGUGCCUGGCUUUAGUUUUAUAGAGGCCAAGGGAUCCAUCCAUAGGUUUGUGAUGGGAGACAGGGGUCACCCACGGUGGAGAGAGAUCUAUUCUAAGGUGGAUGAGAUGAAUAGGAAGCUUCGGCUUAAUGGGUAUGUUGCACAAACUAGUUUUGUGCUUCAUGAUAUCGAUGAGGAGGACAAGGAGAACGCUUUGGGGUAUCAUAGUGAGAAGCUGGCAAUUGCCUACGGGCUUAUCAGCAUUGAGGUGGGCUCCCCAAUUCAUGUGAUAAAGAACCUUAGGAUAUGUGGGGAUUGCCAUGGGGUGGCCAAGCUUGUGUCUAAGAUUUAUGGGAGGGAGAUAGUUGUGAGGGACAGGGCAAGGUUUCAUAGAUUUGUGCAGGGGUCUUGCUCUUGUGGGGACUAUUGGUAAGGCUUGUGGUUUUUUGUAUUAUGCAUGUUUUCAAGUGCCCAAUUUGGACACCAAUGGAAAGAAAAAGAAGAAGAAAAGCCCAACUUGGACUUAUGUAUAGCAUAUGGGUGGGUUUCGGGCCAUCCUCCCUGAAUCAUUUCAAAAGCGGUUCUUAUGUACAGCAUAUGGGUUUCAGGCCAUCCUCCCUGAAUCAUUUCAAAAACGGUUCUUAUGUACAACAUAUGGGUUUCAGGCCAUCCUCCCUUAAUCGUUUCAAAAGCGGCUUUUGUUGAAGGGAAGGGGCCUUUACCAAGCGCACCAGCUGCCCAUUUAGUUGAAGAAGGAAAAUGGAGAAAUGUAACAGACUUAUGUAUAGCAUAUGGGUUACGGGCCAUCCUCCUUGAAUCAUUUCAAAAGCAGUCUUUGUUGAAGGGAGGGCCCAUUUAGUUGAAGAAGGAAAAGGGAGAAAUGUAACAGACUUAUGUAUAGCAUAUGGGUUUCGGGCCAUCCUCCCUGAAUCAUUUCAAAAGCAGUUUUUGUUGAAGGGAGUGCCUUCACCAAGCGCACGAGUUGCCCAGAAGGAAAAUGGAGAAAUGUAACAAUUAUGGUUGAAGUGUCCUAAGCGAAUGAUUGCAGAUGUGUUUCCUUUAAAGGACUCGGUGAGGAUAUUCCGACAUGGAAGUGGAUCCAACCAAGCUAGGAAGCUUUAACAGUGUCGCUCUUUCCUUGUUAAUGCCAGUGUGUGGCGACCCUCUUUUGCACAGUUGGUUCAUUUUUUUUCAUGUGAAGAGACAUUUCUUGUCAUUUUAUUUGUUCUUGUGGAAAAGCAUACAUUAUUGAGAGGACUGAAACUCUUCAGUGAUGUUAGGGCUUCGGAGGGUCACAAGAUAUCCAAAUUUUCAGGCAUGUGACCCUGUACAAAAAGAUGUAACACAAUCAUUUGUGUGUGAAUUUUAUAUUUUUUGUGAGAA